ACCGUGUCCUGCGUUGGCGUGUCUUAGCAAGGCGUGCAUGACUGGCGACGGACAGUUGCCAAUUCUGCAGACGUUGCCCUAACUGUUCUGGUCGACAUGGCUGUCAAAGACUAUUUUGCGAAAGUACUGGCGUUUCGCACUAUUCCCACUACUGUCCUAGCUUUGAUAAUAUAUGUCGUACUUUUCCUUGCUGUUGGUGUUACCGACGACGUUCCGAAGAUACCCAAGAACCUGCGUGGUUUGAAUCUUACACAGGCAGACGUGGACUUGCAUCUGAUUACUGCACGCCCGCACCCUUACAUCUCGCACUUCAACGACAAAGUCCGCGCCUACAUCCUCUCCCGGGUGGAGGACAUUGCAUCCGCACACCCCGACUUUAUUCACGUCGUCGAUGACAACAAGUCCUCUGCGUCAUGGGCGACCAAGGCGUCGCCACACGCGGUCUACUUCCAGGGGACGAACGUUCUAGUCAAGGUAGACGGUACUGAUCCAAACUAUUUCGACCGAGAUGCAGUCCUCUUCUCGGCCCAUUACGACUCCGUGUCAACAGCAGGUGGCGUGACGGACGACGGCAUGGGUGUAGUUACCUUGCUGCAGAUGAUAGAGUAUCUGGCCAGGAAUCGGCCCAAGAAGACUGCGAUAUUCAACAUCAAUAAUGGAGAAGAGGAUGGUUUGAACGGCGCACACGCAUUCCUUGAGCAUCCUUGGUCUAAUAUCACCACCACUUUUCUCAACCUCGAAGGUGCCGCCGCAGGAGGGCGCCCAAUCCUAUUCCGCACCACCUCCCUGGGCGUGACCCGCGCAUUCAGACACAAGCAUGUCGCCCACCCACACAGCAACGUCAUCGCGGCGGACGGCUACGCCACCGGCGUCCUGCGCUCAUACACGGACUACUCCGUCUACGAGCAGCAGGGCCUGGAGGGGCUGGACUUUGCUUUUUACAAGGGCCGCAGCAAGUACCAUACCAAGUACGAUGCGGUCCCUACUACGGAGGGAGGGAGGCGGGCGUUGUGGGCGAUGAUGGAUAGCACGAGGGGUGCGGGGUGGGCGCUGCUGAAUGCGGGAGAUGUGUCCACCGGCGGUGGGAAGGCCGUUUACUUCGACUUUCUUGGAUCUCACUUGGUGCUCUUGACCCUUCGCGCCGAAUUUAUCUUGGAUGUCAUCUUGCUCGUUUUGGGGCCGAUAACACUGAUAAUCUUUGGCGUUUUGAUAUAUGCGCGAAGGCAGCGGGAGAGAGCCAACGCAUUGAUGGUCGGUGAACGUGCUGUGCCCGACAAGCAUUGGGCAAGAGGUUGGGGCCGAUUUUGGCUCGCCCUUGUCCUCGGGAUCGGCGCUCAAGUCGGCCUUGUAGUCGGAUACGUCCACCUCAAUCCAUUCAUCAUUCAUUCGUCGCCUUUCCUAGUUCUAGCUUCGAUCAUGAGCCUCGCAUAUCUCGGACUUCUCCUCCCUCUCCGUCUCUUCGUCCGCCUGCUGCCCGUGCCCCCUGCCAAACAGAAACUAGCGAUCAUGCUAGAAUUGUAUCCGCUUACGUGGAUCUUCCUAGUCGUUGCCACAUUCGCCGCGAAUAAGUGGCAGAUCGCAGCCACGUACUGGGUGACUAUGCUCAAUCUCGCCACGCUCACGGGCUGCACAGUCGGUUUCUUGGAAGCUCUCUUUGGCGCAGGACACGCGGGCUUGGAGGAGGAGCGGGAGAGCAGGAGGUACGUCAGAGGUAUCCGGUACGAAGUGGACGAGAAUGGUGGAGGUGAGGAAGAGGGACGUGAGAAUGAAGGCAGUGCUGUGAGUCCUGAGCGGGAAGGACAUGGCGGGGAGAUUGUGGACGAGGUCCCGACGGAGAUCACGCCGCUGAUGCAUCAGCACCGAGUCCGCGAUCGGGAUGGGCGCGAGUAUAUCUCUACGGAUGAUGAUCCUAGUAAGAAGCAUGUCAAGGAGGAGACUGACGAGGCGAUCGGCUGGUGGAUAGUGCAGAUGCUGUUCAUGGUCUUUCUACCCGUCCUCUUGCUACUCCAGGUUGCCUUCUUGGUGGUCAAUACGCUGGGUCAAAGCUUGGUGGAUGGCAGCCCAGCCUGGGUCGUCUACGCAGGAACCUCAGUUAUAGCUUUCUUGACCGUCCUCCCUCUGGCGCCAUUCAUGCAUAAAUUUCACCGAGGCCUCACUUUCGUCGUGGCCACGGUCUUCGUACUCUCUACUCUUUAUGCUUGGGUCGCCUUCCCCUUCUCGCAAGAUGCUCCGUUCAAGAUGUUCUUCCAGCAGUCGGUGGAGAUCGACGGAGGAAGUCAGCGUGCUGUCACGAGUAUGCUGGGGUCGCGACAUUACUUGAAGAAAGCCAUAGCAGAGUUGCCAUCUACGUACGGGAAGGCAGUCGACUGCCGUGACUCGAGUUUGAGGGAGGGUGUCACGACGUGUGCAUGGGAGAGUGGCUUGCUGCCCCGUCCCAGAUCUUUGGAUGGCAGCGACAGCGAGAUAAAGUGGAUCUCGUUCAAUGUGACACGGCUGAGCGAAUCGAGCGCCGAGCUCGUGUUCUGGGGAACAAACACACGGGGCUGCAGGUUGUACUUCGACAACGGCCCCGUGCGGUAUCUGCACGUCUACGAAGGUGACGGGGGGAAGAAACGCACGGACAUGCAGCGCGGGUACGAGAUCUCCGAGAAAGGGCUGGUCGACGUGAGGCUGUGGAGUCGUGAGUGGGAGGAGGAAUUCAAGGUUGAGGUCGGGUGGGAUCAUGAGGGUGGGCUCGAGGGGCGCGUCGCGUGUGAGUGGGCGGAGUACGAGAGCGCUACAGCUGGAACAGGUUUACCCGCCACUGGAGCGAGUAUACCGGCAUUGGAGGAAGCGUUGGCUUUCUUGCCCAAGUGGGCCGUGUUGACAAAGGCGAAUGAUGGGCUUGUGGAAGUUUGGCAGAAGUUUUAUAUAUAACGGAUGUAGGUGUGAUGGUCUUGAUAUACACGAGUCUUGAUUCGCCCUACCCACCCAAAAGGGCUCAUGCCACGCUAUGGGUGAGUCGGUAGGGAAGGAUAAUCAUAUUGCAUAUGGCAUAAAGGGCAUAGAGGGCAUACGGGGCAUACAAGACAUAGUAGCUCAAUAGUAGCUAUACACAGUCCGAAGUUACACACUGUUAUACAGAUUAUAUGCAAAUACCAAAUAAAACGUAUCAAGCUCCAUUUCCCAGGACCCUCCCAGGCCUGUAAAAGAUGCCUCCGUUCAAAACCUCCCA